AUGACCAUACCCGACAGAUUAAAAUGUACCAUUUGGAACAAUAGAACAUUGUUAGAGCGUUACCUUAUUUUGGUGUGUCUUGUCAUUUUUAUUGCCUUUCUUGUCAUGAUUGGUGUCUUAUUACAUUUUCAAAAUGUAUUUCAAAAAUCAAAGAAAGAUGUUUGCUUAAAUAACGUAUGCAAAUUUUCAGCUGGUUCCAUUCUGAAGAAUAUGGACUUCACCGUAAAUCCAUGCGACAACUUUUACGAAUUUUCAUGCGGUUCUUAUCUAAAAUACGAAAAUAUUUACGAUGAUAAAAUUCGUAGUUUUACAAAUUUAAAAAACUAUAUCAUUUAUUUAAUAAAAGAACAAUUGGAAAAGCCACAGAAUUUCGAUGAUCCAGCUUUCGUCAAAAAAGUAAAGAAAUAUUAUCAAUCGUGUUUAAAUAAACCUAGUGACACAAAAGAGGCAAUUCAUGAAAUUUUAAGUGCAGCUAACUUAGACGGCUGGCCUCUGUCUGAAAACGAUAAUUCAAAAUUAACAAUGGAGAAAGCUAUGGUAUUGUCAUACGUGUACGAUGGCACUGGAAAUCUGUUUAGAUUUCGUAGUAGUCCAAAUAUCUCUUACAUACGGAUAUAUGUUGAGAGUAAUAUAAUUAGACCAGCUGUGUUAUUGAAUACAACUGAAGAAAAGUGGAAUAAAUUUAAAGAAAGAUAUGUACAUUUGAUAGACUAUGUACUUUCUGAGUUAGAUUUGUCAAUAGAAAACAAGAAGAAGCAUAUUGAUGAAAUAAUCAAUUUUCAAACAUCUGUAGCAAGAAUUAUAGAUAAACUCUUUGAAGAUCCAAAUAGGGUGGUCGUGUUAACGUCAAAUUCAACGAAUACAACGAUAUCAGAAUUACAUUCCAACUGCUCACAGAUCGACUGGAAGAAUCUGUUCAUGUUUUUAUUUGAAUAUCUUCAACACCCAGAAGAAUAUAAUGAUCAAAUUUUUUUAAAAGUAAACAGCAUGGAAUUCUUGACUGACCUAUGUGAGCUUAUUGGAAACACUAAAAAUAAAAGAAUAAUUUACAACUUUCAAGUAUGGGGUAUAAUUGUUCGUUAUUUGCCUUACAUCGACAACAAUUUUAGACAGCUUUUAAUCGACAUGAGAGAAUCUUUAAAUUACAAUCAAGAAACUUUAGUACAACUUCCGGGUAUGAAUAAAUUGAAAUGGAAAACUUGCAUUAACGAUAUGGAUAUGUAUACUGUGAUCGGAAUGAACUACGUGAUGAUAAAAUCCAUGAAUAAAAAAGACGACAUUAAUGAGGUGAAAAGUUAUUCCAAACAAAUACGCGAAACAUUGGAUGAAAUAUUUUCUGAAGAAGAGUGGUUCGAUAGCUGCAGCAAAAAUAUCAUCAGAAUGAAAUUGGGAAAAAUUCAGCAGAAUAUCGGAUAUAAAAAUGGUUCUCUAAAUGUGGAAUUCUUAAAUAAGAUGUUUGAAAAUUUCAAGGUAAGAGGGGAAGUUACCAUGACCUGUCAAGCAUUGCGUGAUGGCAUGAGAAAUGGUGAAGUAGCUGAGAGCCUGUCUUUUAUUAAUCGACGGAAGAAACUUGUGGGUGGUUCUGCCAGUGGUUGA